AGUCCGAUUAACAGCCUUCUCGCCUUGUCAGCCUUUUCUCCUCUCGGUCUUCACUCUCUCUUCUUUGACGCCUUCAGGAUGCCUCUCGGGAUCCAUAAUCCACUACCGUCGUCUUUGAGCAGUGAAUGCAAGAAGGUGGCAAAGAUCUUGACCUCUUUCGUUGAUCCAAAGCAGGCUUUCGGUCCAGACAAGGUCAUUCCACCAGAGAUUUUGGCCAAUGCAAAGGGCUUGGCGGUUCUGACGGUUCUGAAAGCCGGAUUUAUUGGCUCUGGUAGAUUCGGUUCAGGUCUCGUUGUCGCUCGUCUUGCUGAUGGCACCUGGUCGGCUCCUUCCGCCAUUUUCACCGCUGGCGCGGGUGUCGGUGGCCAGAUCGGAUUCGAACUGACUGACUUUGUCUUCAUUCUAAAUGACGCCUCGGCUGUCCGCGCAUUCUCGCAAUUCGGCACACUUACACUGGGUGGUAAUGUCUCACUCGCUGCGGGACCGGUCGGUCGAAACGCAGAAGCCGCUGGUGCAGCCAGCACAAAGGGUGUCGCGGCCGUCUUCUCCUACUCAAAGACUAAGGGACUUUUCGCCGGUGUCAGUCUGGAGGGUAGUAUGCUAGUGGAGCGCAAAGAUGCCAACGAGAAGAUGUAUCAAAGCAGGGUAUCGGCCAGUCAGCUUCUCACUGGUACCGUUCGGCCACCCCCAUCCACCGAUGCCCUGAUGCGCGUUCUCGAUUCACGUAUCUUCCAAGGCAACGUCCGAGCGCAGGGCGAUGCGAUGUACAACGACGUGCCGGUUUACGACGAUAGUCAUGACGAUGUGGUUUGGGAGGGCCGAAGAGGCUCGGCCUAUGGCCAAGGUGCACGACGGGAACGAUCAAACACCCAGGACAACUAUGAAUAUCGCGAUAGCCCCCGACGCACAAACACCUGGGCAGACGAUACCUAUGAUCGGCCGGCAGGAGGCCUAGGUCGCUCGGCUACCACGCGCGCUCCCCCGGCUGAUACUUAUGACAACUACGGGCGCAGCAGGAGCAACACGUAUGACAACGACGACUAUGCCUACUCAGACCGUCGGCCUACCCGGCCUAGUGCCCCCAAGCCGGUCUUUGGGCAAAAGACGGGUGCUGGUGCGGGACUGCGGCAGGACCAGGUGGUCGCACUUUACACAUUUGAUGCGGACCAGGAAGGUGACUUGGGAUUCAAGAAGGGCGAUAUCAUCACAAUUAUCAAGCGAACAGAGAAGGCAGAGGAUUGGUGGACUGGUCGUAUCGGCGAUCGCGUCGGUAUUUUCCCGAGCAACUACGUUGAUACCUCCUAAGUUUGUCGUGCAAAUAUGAUCGUCCAGUACUCCUUACGAAUUGUGGGCAUAUGAAGACAUGAUCGGAUAGGGAUGAAUAUUUAGUUGGGGGCGUAUGUGGAUUCGUGUCUUUUCUCCCUCAUUUUCAAAUUCCCACUUGCGUUUUGUCAUUUUACUUUUUUCUUCCAUUACACGGGCGCUGCAGUUCUUAUUCUGGUUCCUGUCUGUUCCGGCAUAGCGCCUGGUCCAAGGUGCGUUGGGAUUACGUUUAUUUGCGUUUUGCGCAGUGGAUCCUUCCGUUCAGCACGUUCUUAGAGUCCUCGUUCCGCCUUCUAUCUACCUAUCAUCGCUUGCAAAUAACCUUGAAUUUCCG